AUGGACAAGUAUUCCAAGCGCAGCAUGUAAAUCGAUCUGGGAGGAGAGACUCUGAAUUACAAUUUCCCAAUUGGACUGACUCGCCGCCCCCAGAUGUAGGACCAGAGGACCCUUUUUUUUGGGGACCCCCCUAACUCUUGCCGCUACGGUUGAAACUUCUCUUUGUCUUCGAUGAAAAUUGGCCUCAUUCUCCGUUUCUUCAUAGAGCAAACAAACCGCACACAGUACAGGACAUGACAGUAGUACGGCCGCCACCAGCCAGUCAUGGGCACCGCCGGCCCCCACCGGUCUCGCUUUGCCCACCCGUGCCCGUCGUGUCCUACUUACUUGACGCAACCGCUGCCACGCCCUCCGGCCCUUCGCCGCCCAUCUGCCCUCGUCUUGAGGUACCCGGCCUGCCGGUCGAUCAAGGGAAACUCCUCGGGUACAGUACAGGUCUUUACCUGAUGCAAAAUGAGCAGGAGUACAGAGACAACUAGGGAUGAGUGAGAUGGGCAUUUCGCAUCCAUGCUUGAUAUUUGGGGUCAUUUCUUCGCCAAUUUAUUGCAUUGCCAGCAGCUCCAUUUGCUUUUUGUGGACAAGGAAAAGGCGAGGAAAAGGUGAGUGGUGAUUGAGAGAAAGUAGUAGAUAUGGGUUGGUGUGUACGGAGUAUCUGGAACAAACUCUGUAUCGUCCAGUCAUCCCCCGUCUCCGCGUACCGCGGGUAGGCUGGCACACAGGAAUCAGAUUGGUUGCAAUCAUGCACGCACGCACCACAUACAUUACAACUGUCCGUCAAUUUGCACGCAGAGGUAAGUAUUCGUAUACCUGAAUGGAUUUUCGGGAAAGGCAGAAAAUGAGGAGUGGA